CCGCCUACUUGCUUGUCUCACUAGUGCCGACCUGUGGUAAUUCCUCAGUCUUUCAGUCUAGGUUGGUUAGCAUCUCACAAACACGAAAACUUUUUCCGUAGCAAGAACACUUAGAAAAACACAUUAUUUCAAUGCAUGCAUUCAUGUGCCCUCACUCACGCGGGCACAUAAACUACUAGCAUACGCACACACUAGCAUAAAUAUAUAUACACACACGCACUAACACACACAAACAGAGGGUGUACAUAUCUUUAUAUAAAUACAUACAGGGAUUAGAUUUUAAGGGAUUAUUACAAACUAUUUAACAGAGAAAAUAUAGAUAGAUACAGAUUUAUGAAAAAGUUACAUGAAACCAACAAGACAUCAACUGUCUUCCACUGAUAAAUUAAACAGCAUUUCUAUCUUUGGAUAUGAAGGAUUUCUAGGAAGAUUCUGUGCGGUCAUUUUGUACGGAUAUUGAACUGGGCGAAAGGCCAAGGAGGCCUAAAGUGCAAAACAUUCACCUUAAGAGAUGUCCAACCAGACAGUCUUAUUAUUACUUUUAUUAAUAGGGAUCGGACUUACUCAUUCGAUCAACCUCGCUGCUCAUUCGAUCAACCUCGACAAAGACUUUGAAUUUGAUGAUCAUGAUCCCUUUUUAAUGAGUGAUGCUAGAUCAAGAACUUUUGUAGAUGAUGAAGAUGACGUUGAUGGCUCUGGUGAUGAAAAUAGUGGUGAUGGAAAUGAUCUAAAUGGCCAUUAUCCAGAUUUUUACCGGAUAACAUUCAAACUACUAUACCUUAGGGAUUUACGUGGAUUAGAAAAUACAUCUAGCCAACACUACCGUCGGAUUUCAGAACAGAUCCAAGGAUUUGUAUCUCAGCUCUACAACAAGAAAGUUCGUGCCAGCAUUAUCGGCUAUACAGUCUCUAAUCAAGAUGCCUACGUUUCCAUGGAUUUAGGCACAAGUGAACUCACUAAUGCAAAAGAAAUCAAAAACAUACUCUAUUCAGAACUUUCAAGAGGUCGACUUGGAAACUUUACUGUGUCCGCAGAAAAUUUUAGUUUCAACUCGCUUGGAGAUAUAUCUUGUCCACAGAAAGUUGGCCGUCAACCUGCUGAACUGUCAUGGACUGGGCCAAAUCUUGCUCACCUCAUGGUGAAUAACAUGUUCCCUUGUGACGGAUAUGUCAUCAGAUGGGUUUAUUAUGUUGCUGCUCCCACCAAAGAGUUCGCUGCUUCCAUAUGGCGUCCAGUUGAUGAGUUUAAAUUCUAUCUCUUAAACAAACAACUGAUGCCAGCUACAAAAGCUGGAUUCAACGAAUUCACCUUACCAACUCCAGUGCGUGUUGAAAAGGGAGACUUCAUUGGCCUUCACUAUCCAAGAGAUGCUAAACAGGGAGCAAUUGGUGGGUCAACGAGUGGUCGUAGUGACACACCUGCUGCUGAGUUAUACGAAGCCUAUUCUGGAGAACUGUUUGAAGAACUUAUGACAUCUCACGCUGAAUUUGACAUGAAAUGGCUUGGUUUCCAGAAAGGCCAAAAAACAUUUGCUAUUCAAGCUAUCAUGGAUUAUACUGGCAUUGAUGGCCCUGACGUGCCAAAACCUGGGUUAUGUUCUCCUGAUGAAUUCAAGUGUCGUAGUGGUGCUUGUAUUCAACUGAGAUAUUACUGUGAUCAUGAACUUGACUGUUCUGAUGGAUCUGAUGAAGAAAACUGCCCAACUCGUUGCAGGCAAGAUGAAUUUAGAUGUAGGAAUGGAGACUGCAUCCCAUACACAAAGUUCUGCAAUGAUGUAAAUGAUUGCUCUGAUGGAAGUGAUGAAGAGUGUCCUAAAACUUGUGGUGCUCAUGAAUUUAAGUGUAAUGAUGGAUCUUGUAUCAAAAUCUCCCAGCGGUGCAAUAGAAAAUAUGAGUGUCGUGAUAGAUCAGAUGAAACGGGUUGCGCAACCACUCCAUGUCGUCGUGAUCAGUUUAGAUGUGAAGAGGGUCACUGUAUUGAUGGCCGUUUUCGAUGUGAUGGAAUCAACCAUUGUCCUCUCAAUACUGAUGAACUUGAUUGUCCAAACCGCACUUGUGCUGAAAAUGAAUUCUCCUGCAAAGUUGGCCCAUGUAUUGCAAUAAGUUUGGUCUGUGACAAUAAAAGGGACUGUGAAGAUAGAUCUGAUGAAACUCCAGAUGCCUGUGCCUCAGUAUGCAAACCAGGUGGUUUCAGAUGUCGUGAUGGAAGCUGUAUUGACGAGUCCCUCCACUGUGAUCGUGUACCUCAAUGCCGAGAUGGCUCUGAUGAGAUUAACUGUGGUACUCAUUGUUUAUCUGGAGAAUUCCAUUGUAAAACUGGAGAAUGUAUUCAAGGUGCUAAAAAGUGUGAUGGUCGUGCUGAUUGCUGGGACAGUUCUGAUGAAGAAAAUUGCUUAUUCUGCAAGAAACGAGAGGAAUUCCUAUGCCGUGAGGGAACUGUGUGUCUUCAUAUUUCUCAAGUCUGUGAUGAAGUCGUUGACUGUCCGGACAGUAGUGAUGAGACAAAUUGUCGUUCCAUAGUAUGUACAGCUAACCAGUUCCAGUGUGAUGGCCGCUGCUUAGACUUGUCUUUGGUAUGCAAUGGUCAAAUUGAUUGUAGAAAUGGGUUUGAUGAGGCAGAAUGUUCAGGAUGUACUGAACAACAGUUUACAUGCAGAAAUGGUGACUGCGUUCAAAAAUCAGCAGUUUGCAAUGGAAGACAAGACUGCCGUGAUGGUUCUGAUGAAGUGAACUGCAGAUGUAGUGAGGGAGAGUUUACAUGCAGAAAUGGACAGUGCAUUCUAGAAUCUUAUGCUUGCAAUGGAAGACGUGAAUGUUCUGAUGGAUCUGAUGAAUACAACUGCACUGUAGCACGCAAAUGUCCUGGCGAUGAUUUUCUGUGCGGUACUGGCCACUGUCUUCCGAUAAACAGGCACUGUGAUCGCAGGAAAGACUGUCCUGAUGGAUCUGAUGAAGUUGACUGUCAGUUUUCAACUUGUUCUCCUGAUCAAUUCACCUGCUCCAAUGGUGAGUGUAUAUCAUUGGCUAACCGAUGCAACCGUCAAUACGACUGCCGUGAUGGAAGUGAUGAAUUCAACUGCACUACUUCGAGGUGUUCAUCAAACCAAUUCCGUUGUCAAGAUGGGAGUUGUAUUCCUGCAGACAGACGCUGUGACCGACGCUAUGAUUGCCGUGAUCGAAGUGAUGAAAGGGAUUGUGGAUGCUCAGCUGGCCAAUUCCGGUGCCAGAAUGGAUUAUGUAUCGACGAAAACAAAAUCUGUGACUCCAAUGAUGACUGUGGAGAUCAGUCAGAUGAAAUAGACUGCAUAACAACAGUUACUGUCAGAAUAAACCCACCUAAUAUCAGGGUGAAAGCUGGACGUCAAGCAUUAUUUACCUGUGAUGUUCUGGAAGCAGAAGCCUCAGAAAUCAACUGGCUCAGGCAGUCUGGUAGAGCUCUUCCACCAACAAGAAGUCACAUUGAUGGCAACAGACUUAUUAUUUAUGAUACUCAACCAUCUGAUGCUGAUGAUUAUAUCUGCGAAGCUAUUAUCCGAGGCCAAAAAUUUGCCAAGACAGCAAACCUUAUUGUAGAACUUGAUGUUCCAUUCAUAGUAACCAUCUCACCACGGUCACUUAAUGUUCGAGUAGGAGAAACUGCUUCCUUUGUAUGUAAUUUUGGUAGUGGCCACUCUGGAAGCAUACAAUGGAGCAGAAGUGACAGACAACGUUUGAAUCCAAGAGCUGUUGUUCAAGGUGGUUAUUUGACCAUCAACUCCGUGACCCCUUCUGAUGCUGGAAUAUAUACUUGCAUUGGCUAUGAUGACAAAGGUGGCAGAGUAUCUGAGACAGCUGAACUCAUUAUUAAGACUGAAACUACCUUUACAGUUCAGAUCACACCACCUUCCAUUAAAGUGGUUGCAGGAUCCCGUGCAAUAUUCACCUGUGGUGUACCAGGAACUCGUCCUUCAAGCAUAGAGUGGAGAAGAAAAUCUGGAAGUCCAAUUCCUUCAGGAAGAAGCUCAGUUGAUGGCAGCCGUCUUGUCAUCUAUGAUACUGAAAUGACUGACACUGAUGAAUAUAUCUGUGAAGCAACCAUUCGAGGUCAAAAGUUCACUGGUUCAGCCAGCCUAAUUAUUGAAUUUGUUGUACCAUUCCUUGUGACUAUCAACCCAAGAUCUUUGAAUAUUAGACAUGGAGAAUCUGCCAAAUUUAUGUGUCAGAUAGGAGCAGGCUAUACUGGAUCCAUGCUGUGGAGUAGAAGACCAUCUCAGCCUCUCAGCUCUCGUGCUACACAAUCAGAAGGUGUUUUGAUGAUAAACUCAGCAACAGCCGAUGACAGUGGUGAAUAUAUUUGUACAGGAUAUGGACCAGACGGUCGAACAACAACAUCAUCAGUCCAGUUGGUUGUUGAACCAAGCUCAUCAUAUACAAUCACCAUCAACCCACCAAGUAUCAAUGUGCGUGCAGGAUCUCGAGCAAUUUUCACAUGUGAUGUUUUGGAAGCACGUCCCUCAGAAGUCAUUUGGUCAAGAGAGACAGGAUUGUCUAUUCCUGGAUCAAGGAGCUCCAUAGAACGAAACCGUCUUGUUAUUUUUGACACUGUACCAGAAGAUACAGAUAACUAUAUAUGUACAGUCACAGUUCAUGGCCAAAGGUUUACCAACAGUGCUAAAUUGACUGUUGAAUCCUCUGAACGUUUGACUGUCUCUAUCCAACCAUAUCAGUUGACUGUUGAUACUGGAGAAAAUGCAAAGUUCAUGUGUCAAAUUGAAGGAGGACGCAGUGGAACUCUACAGUGGUCAAGAAACAACAAUCGACCAUUGAGUUCUCGAAGCACAUCUCAAGAUGGUAUUCUGAUGAUCAAUUCAGUCACCACCGAUGAUGCUGGAGUAUAUGUUUGUACAGCCUAUGGUGAUUCUGGAAGAGCUUCUAAAACUGUAGAAUUGGUAGUCGUACCAGGCCCAGGUAUAAUUGUUACAGUAGAGCCUCAAACACUGACUGUCCGUGCUGGACAAACAGCCAAAUUUGUGUGUGAUGUCCAAGAAGGCAGUGUCAACACCUUGCAGUGGACCAGAGGUGGAAGACUACUUACAGAUUCUCGAAUCACAUCAGAUGAAGGUGUCUUGAUGAUUAACUAUGUGACUCUGGAAGAUGCAGGAGAAUAUGUCUGUACAGUUGCAAGUUUAGAAGGUGUUGCAACAAAAGUAGCUGAAUUGAUUGUCCAGCCAGAUUCACGGUAUAUAGUUGAGAUCAAUCCAUCCAAUCUCAGAGUGCGUACAGGUUCACGUGCUGUGUUUACAUGUGAUGUCAUUGGUGUUCGUGUAGCACAAGUCAAGUGGUCCAGACGAUCAGGGAAACCAAUAUCUCGUAAAGCUUCCAUCAGUGGCAACCGUUUAGAUAUUUAUGAUAUUGAACCUGCAGAUGCUGAUGACUAUAUUUGUGAAGUGAACAUUGGAGGAGAAAAAUUGAUCAAGGUAGCAAACCUUGGUGUAGAUCUGCUUAUCCCAUUUGUUGUCACUGUCAACCCACGAACUUUGACUGUCCGAGAAGGUGACCCAGCUAAAUUCAUGUGCCAGAUUAGUGCUGGACACUCAGGAACCAUACAAUGGACCAGAAGUGAAAGGCGAGCUCUGGGACCAAGGACUUCAUCUAUUGAUGGUAUUCUCAUGAUCAAUGCAGUAACUGAGAAUGAUGCCGGCGAAUAUGUAUGCACUGCUUUUGGUGACAGUGGAAGGGCAUCCGAGACCGUCCGAUUGAUCAUAGACACCCAGAUUGGACCAGGUACAGGCCCCCCUAAGGGACCUUGUCGUCAUACUGAAGCCACAUGUAACAAUGGUCAGUGUAUUCCCAAAGAUUUCCGUUGUGAUGGUGAAACAGACUGUGCAGAUGGUUCUGAUGAAUUUAGCUGCAGUCAGCCACUUCCAUGUGAACCCAAUGAAUUUAAAUGUCGAAAUGGUCAUUGUGCUAUGAAAAUCUGGCGUUGUGAUGGAGACAAUGAUUGUGGAGAUGGUUCUGAUGAAGAAAAUUGCCCAACUGGUCCUCCAGGAUCUACCUGCGAUAUGGAUGAAUUCAAAUGUAUUGCCAGAAACCAGUGUAUUCCAUCCAGCUACCAAUGUGAUGGUGAAAACGACUGCUUGGAUCGUUCUGAUGAAAUUGGCUGCAGUCCUCCAGUGAUUGUUUCUCCUCCAAUUAAGGACAUUGAAGUUGAAAUUGGUGGAACAUUCACAAUUGUCUGCAAAGCUGUUGGAGUUCCAGUACCUCUCAUCAUAUGGCGUCUAAACUGGGGCAACAUUCCCAAAGGAAGUCGAGUGGUCACAACAAGUCAUAAUGGUCAUGGUAUUUUAACAAUCUCUGAUGCAAGGCUUGAAGAUGCUGGAGCAUACACAUGUGAAGCUAUGAACAACAGAGGAAGCAUUUUUGCCUUACCUGAUGCUAUUAUUGUGGUCAGGAGACAGAAAGGCGUUUGUCUUCCACCACUCUUCAAUGACAUUGCCGUUUCCAGAGAGGAAUGUAUGAGUUGCUUCUGCUUCAAGCGAUCAAUUCGUUGCAACAGCAGCAACCUGAAGAAAGUCUGGAUCACCAUGGGUAGCAAUUUGAAGCUUGUGAGGCGUCGUGGAGACACAAUCCCAGAAGAUGUUAGCGAUUCAUUGGUUUCUUAUGAUGUCAGCAAGCGAGAAUUUAGCAUUCCAGGCAACCGCAUUAUUCCAUCUGGUGUCUACUACUUCAGCCUUCCCCGUCAGUAUUUGGGAAAUAAGUUGACCAGUUAUGGUGGUGAUUUACAAUACAAGAUGUAUUUUGACAGAAAUGGAGCCCCAUCUAGAAUUGAAGAACCAGAUAUUAUCUUAAUGGGUAGUGGCUUGACAAUUUUCUACAGAGUUUCAAAGAAUCUCAACCCAGGUCGUGAAAACUCAAUCAGAGUACCAAUGCUUGAGAGCUCCUGGAGAAAAGACCCAGGAACUGGUUCUGGUUCUUUUGCAUCAGAUGCUGUUACUCGUGAAGAAUUCCUGGAGGUUUUGUCCAACCUGACUAGCAUCUUUGUGAAAGCAACAAUUGACAGCGGCCAAACACAAGUCCGUAUAAGUGGCAUUGUAAUGCACAUGGCACGAGAACAAGGUAAUGGAGACCGAGCUGUGUUUGUGGAGGAAUGUAAUUGCCCAACUGGUUAUGAUGGCCAUUCUUGUGAGAGAUGUUCUAAAGGAUACUACAAGACCAACCAGGGUAAAUAUGGUAGCUGUGUUCCUUGCAACUGUAAUGGCUUUUCCAAUGACUGCGAUCCAGUUACAGGAGAAUGUAUUGAUUGUCAAAGGAAUACAGGUGGUGCCCGUUGUGACAGGUGUGAAGAAAGUUAUUAUGGAGAUCCUCUGCGAGGAAUUGAAUGCCGACUCUGCCCAUGUCCUCUUACCUCCGGACCUAACCAGUUUACCAAAAAAUGUAGACUCAACCCUGAUGGUAGCAUUCAAUGUAUUGGCUGCCCUGAAGGACACGUUGGUAAACAGUGUGAGAAAUGCGCCGAUGAGUAUGUUGGUGAUCCAACCAAACCAGGCAAUUACUGUCGACGCUUUGAUGAGUCAUGUGAUUUGAGAGGAAGUUUCUCCAGAGAUCCAGAUUUGUUAACAGAGAAAUGUAACUGCAAGGCCAAUGCCAAGGGUGAGAGUUGUAACCAAUGUGCUCCAGGCUCUUUUUACCUAGCAAAGCAGAAUCCAGAAGGUUGCAUUUCUUGUUUCUGUAUGGGUGUAACUGUAUUCUGUACAAGUACCUCCAGAACAAGGACUCAAGUGGGUUAUCCAUUUAACAACGAUCGAGCAGGUUUCUCCUUAUCUGAAAUGCACACACCCUCAACAUUGAUUACAACAGGAUUUAGUGUCAAUGCUAACAAAGACCUCAUAUAUCGCAACUUCUACAGUCAACCUGAAGGUGUUUACUAUUGGACACUACCCAGCCAGUAUUUAGGAAACAAGCUCACUUCAUACGGAGGAUAUCUGCGUUUUACCAUCAAUUACCUGCCAGGUAUCAACACAUCUCCAACUGGUGGCCAUGACAUUGAAAUCUCAGGUAAUGAUGUGACAUUGAAGUAUACAUUUAAAAAACCAGUUGAACCUGAUCAACAUAUGUCAUUUGAAGUCCCUAUAUAUGAACAACACUGGGAACGUAUAAAUGGUGGCCCUACAACUAGGGAAUAUCUUUUGAUGGCUCUGGCUGGUUUAAAGAGAAUAAGAAUCAAAGCAACAUACAGUGUGAACACUAACCUUGCUAGCAUCAAAGAUGUAACACUUGAUGUCGCUGAAAGGAGAUUUGGUGGAGAAAGAGCUUAUGCUGUUGAAGAGUGUAGUUGCCCCACUGGUUACCGAGGACUUUCUUGUGAGUCUUGUGAUGUUGGCUACAUGCGAACUGUACAAGGUCUUUACCUUGGACUGUGUGAAGAAUGUCGCUGCAAUGGUCACUCUUCCGAGUGCGAUCCAGUCACAGGUGCAUGCAGGAACUGCAAACAUAACACAGAAGGAGAUCACUGUGACCGCUGUGCUCCAGGUUAUUAUGGAAAUGCAAGCAAGGGAUCCAUCAAUGAUUGCCAGAAAUGUCCUUGUCCUUUGACCGACCGACCAAACCAGUUCAGUCCAACGUGUAUUUUGGACAGAGACGGUCAAGUUACCUGCACAGCCUGUCCUCCUGGUCAUGCAGGACGCCGAUGUGAAAGAUGUCUGCCUGGCUAUGAGGGCAACCCCAUGGCUCCUGGAGAUUUCUGUAAAACACGCAAUACCACCAGCUGUAUGUGUGAUCCACGUGGAACUGUACAGAACACACAAUGCGAUGCCAAUACUAAACAAUGUAGAUGUAAGGCAUUUGUACAGAGGACAAAGUGUAAUGCUUGUAAACCAAACUACUUCUAUUUGAGUGAAGACAACCCACAAGGAUGUUUGUCCUGCUACUGUAUGGGCAUUACCAACAAGUGUUCCAGCUCUAACUUCUACCGAAUGGAGUUAAAACCAUCAUUUGAUCGUCAAGAUUCUCAUGGUAUUGUUUUAACCAAUCGUGCCAUGUCUCGCAAUGUUGUGGAUGGUUUUAGUGUCAGUGCACGAAAAAAGGAAAUCACAUUUGAUUCAUUUGAUUCUGUUCAACGAGAAAGAGAAAGCUUGUAUUUUUCACUCCCACCAAAAUUCAGAGGAGACAUGGUGACAUCUUAUGGUGGUUAUCUCAAGUUCACAAUGGAAUUCUCAGUUGAUGAAAGUCGUGGAAAUUUCUUCAGAGAAACAGAUGUUGAAAUCAUUACUAAUGGCCAGCGUCUCUAUUAUUUGUUCAACCCAUCAGCUAGAGCAUCAACACCACAGAACUAUGAAAUUCUGCUGACUGAAAAAUCGUUCCAUAUGUUUGAUGGUUCCAUUCCAUCCCGAGAAGUCUUCUUGUCUGCUCUUGCCAACGUUGAUGCCAUCUUGAUCAGAGCAACCUAUCACACUAAAAUGAAUGUUAUCAGCCUACGUGAUUUGACCAUGGAAACUGCUGUACCAGAAGCUACUGGACUUGACCGUGCUCCUAUGGUAGAGUUAUGUGAAUGUCCUCAAGGUUACACAGGUGUUUCCUGCCAAGAAUGUUCUCCAGGUUAUUCUAGGGUUCAGAAAGAAGGCACUGCAUUGGGCCGUUGUGUCAUGUGCAACUGCAAUAAGCAUUCAUCAACAUGUGAUCCACAGACAGGAAAAUGUGUAAACUGCCAACACAAUACAGCAGGUGAUAGAUGUGAAAUCUGUAAACCUGGCUUUUAUGGUGAUGCUACAUUUGGCACCUCCAGUGACUGUCGACCAUGUGCUUGCCCUCUGACCCUACCAUCAAACAACUUCUCUCCAACAUGCUACUUGGCUCCAGAUAGCCAGGUAACCUGUGACAACUGUCGUCCUGGCUAUGCAGGACGUGACUGUGGUGUGUGUGCUCCUGGAUUCACAGGCAACCCAAGAGAACCCAGAGGAUACUGUAGAGAAAGAGAUGAUAGCUCAAGUCCUCAAGUAACCGUAAGUCCUCUCCGAAGCAGUGAGAUGAUAGGACAAGUUGCAAUCUUCCACUGCCGAGUUACAGGUCAAAGACCUAUCUCUGUUGUGUGGCGAAAGGUUGAUGGCACACCACUGCCCAACAGAGCUGAGCAGAAUGAUGAGCAUGACUUGAUCAUCAAGAAUAUCGCACCUUCAGACAGUGGACGUUAUGUUUGUACAGCCAACAGUAUUUAUGGAACUUCCCAACAAUAUGUCGAGCUUGUGGUCAUCAGGACUGGGUCCUUCCAGGUGCAAAUCACAGAACCAAAGGACAUAAAUGUUCGUCCAGGUAGCACUGUCCAGAUGGAAUGUACAGUGGUAGGAUCACACUCACCGGUUCUUGUGUUGUCUUGGAGUAAAGUUGACGGUGUCUUACCCGCUUCAGCAUAUGAGACUGAUGGAACUCUGACAAUUCGAAACAUCCGACGUGAAGAUGCAGGCGAAUAUAUGUGCACUGGGUCUGAUCCUGGUGGCAUUGUAACAGAUACUGCUAUUAUCACUGUCACAUCAAAUACUUUCCCUCCAACUGCCCAAGUUGAACCAAGAGAACAGACUGUUGUAGUUGGCCAAACUGUUGAAUUUUUAUGCACAGCAACAGGUUCUCCACAACCAGAUUUUCAAUGGUAUAAAAAUGGUCAGCUUAUUUCCCGAGGACCAGUUCUAUCUGUCACAUCAGUUUCCAAAGAUGAUGAAGCAGUGUACGUUUGCGAGGCCACCAACAAAUUUGGUGUAAGCCGAGUAAAUGGAAUACUACAUGUCACAUCAAGUCGUCCAACAUUACAAAUUAUUAUCCGACAAGAAUCUGUAGUCAAAACUGUCGGCGAAAGUAUUCAGUUGGUCUGUUAUGUUGAGCAACGUGGUAAUCUGAUCAAUUUGGUAUGGAGCAAGCAAAGUGGACCACUACCAGCAGGAUCUUCUCAGAGGAAUGGUGUCCUUACAAUUCCUUAUGCGAAGUCAUCAGACUCUGGCGUGUACGUCUGUAGUGGUACCAGUGAUACUGGCAGAUCAGGAUCAAGUACUGUCGUGGUGACCAUAACAACUACAGAUUCAAAUGUCCGUCCAACUGCACGCAUUGAGCCAGACAGAAUGGUUACCAUCCCUCAAGGUACUACCGGCACCCUACGGUGUAUUGUGACUGGAAGCCCAUUACCAACAGUCAUAUGGACCAAAUCAAGAAAUCAGUUGUCAGACCACCACCAGGUUUCGGGCAAUGUUCUAAGAAUCACAGAAACGAUGGUUGAAGACCGUGGAAUCUAUGUUUGUGAGGCCAGAAAUGUCGCUGGUUCUGCUCAGGCAUCAGUGAUUGUUGAAGUUGAAAGGAGAGAAUUGCCUGUGAUAGACCUUUAUCCAAAAGGAACCCAGAGCAUUCAGAGUGGUGGUAGUGCACUAUUCCAAUGUAGAGCAACAGCUGGAAUUCCCUCACCAACAAUCACCUGGAAACGGGUUGGUGAUGAGCCUAUGACCAGAAAUGCCCAAAUUGCUGAAAAUGGUGUCAUCCGAUUUACUCAAGUAUCCACACUUGAUCAAGGAGGAUAUAUAUGUACUGCUACCAAUGCUGUUGGUACUGUCACUGCUACAGCUACACUUUUGAUUAGCGGCCCACCAAAGAUUACAGUCACUCCAAGGGGUCCAAUACGUGUCAGGGAAGGAGAACGCGUCACUGUUGAAUGUGCAGCUGAAGGAGAUCCACGCCCAAAUGUCUACUGGGCUCAACAACCGAGUUAUGAUGUCAACAGAAGCCCAGGAACAGUCCAGCAUGUUGCUGUAUUGGAGAUCAACCAAGCCAAACUUUCUGAUUCUAGGCAUUAUGUGUGUGUGGCUGAGAACAGUGGAGGAAGAGCUGAAGAAAGGAUUCAAGUUAUAGUUGAAAGAAAUGAUGUCAUCACACCACCAGAGGAUAAUAUUCUCAGAGUAACUGAAGGUAAAAACGUCAUUGUGAAAUGUGAAUCUCAAAAUUUUGGUGGCUCUAGGGUCACUUGGAGAAGACGAAAUGGUCCUCUUCCACCUGGACACACUACAUCUAAUGGAACACUCACCAUUCCAAAGAUUACCAAGGACUUUGAAGGCGAAUAUAUCUGUCAGACCAGCACCGCCGAGGGCGUGUUUUCAAUUAGUUUCAUGAUUAUUGUUUCAUCUGCAACACGGGUGAUUAUAUCUCCUGCCAAUGUGGCUGCAAGAAUUGGUGAACCAAUGCGUUUGGUGUGUCAAGCAGAAGGUAGCGGCCCUACUACUCUUGAAUGGCAGAAGUUAAACGGUCGUAUGUCUCCCAAUGUGCAAGAACGUAAUGGUGUCCUGUACUUUAGAGAAGUCACUGCUGCUGAUGCAGGCCAGUACCGCUGUCUUGCAAGAAGCGCUGGUGGUGUUGCUGAAGGAAUAGUUCUCGUAAAGAUUGUUGCUCGUCCAAGUGUCAUAUUGCCAGAUGAAGAAGUUACUGCCCAGCGAGGCCACAAUGUUGUACUGAACUGUCAAGCCACUGGUAACCCACCACCAACAAUCCGUUGGGAGAGAACUGAUGGCCCAUUGCCAGCUCAACAUUACAUCAGAAAUGGCGAACUUACUAUUUAUGGUGUCCGUGAAGAAGACCAAGGUCGAUACAUGUGUAUCGCUACGAAUGAAGUUGAUACAUCCCGUGGUUAUAUCUACCUCCGUGUUGCCUCUAUCCGUCCACCAGUAACACCUCCCAAAAAUGUGCAGACUGCUGAUAUUGGUGACAAAGUUGAGUUUGACUGCAUCGUCUCUACAACUGACCCAAAUCCACAAAUUCAAUGGUCCAAAUUGGAAGGCCGUAUCUCUGACAAUGCCAUUUAUGGUAAUGGAGUACUCAUUCUGCCCAGUGUCAGAGUUGAAGAUGCUGGUACUUACAAAUGUACUUUAAGAACAACAGCCGGAGAAGUCGUUGAAACUAAGAUUUCCUUAUUUGUCAGAUCUCAACCUGUUAUUGAUGUUGAUACAAGCCGUAAUUCUGCCCCUCUGGGAACUCCCACUACCCUGGGAUGCAACGCUGAAGGAAAUCCACAACCGUAUAUUACUUGGACCAAAGAGAACGGAGAUUUGCCAAGUGAACAUAGCAUUGUCGACGGAAACCUCUACAUUCCCAAGGUAGAGAGAGAAGAUGCCGGAACAUACUAUUGCUCAGCCACAAAUAGAUAUGAAACUGCACGGCACCCUGUGACUCUUUCAGUUUCUGACCUUGUUCCCUAUUUCCCCCAAGAACCACAAUCCUAUAUUGAAUAUCCUCCAUUGAGAUCUGCCUAUCUGGACUUUGACAUCAUUAUUUCUUUCCGUCCUAGAGUUACAGACGGAUUGAUCAUGUAUGAAGGACAAGCCACUGAAAAUGGAGACUUCAUGUGCUUGGGUCUGCGUGGACGCUAUCCAGAAUUCCGUUUCAAUGUUGGUUCUGGCCCAGCCAUCAUACGAGGAAACCAGAGUCUUGAACUUAACAAAUGGCACACUGUACGUCUGAAGAGAGACCGUAAGGAAGGUAAACUUAUCAUUGAUGGCCAACCUUUUGUUGGCACUGCACCAGGACCAUUCCAGGGACUUGACCUCAACCAACCUUUGUACCUUGGAGGUUUACCUGACUUCAAUACUAUUCCUCAGUCAGUUGGUUUUGACAGAGGAUUUGUUGGUGGAGUGAGUCAAGUGGUAAUUGGAGGCCAAGAAUUGAACCUUGGAGGUGAUGCAACUCAAGUGGUUGGCAUCAGACAAGCAGAUGUGUGCUCUGCGUCACCUUGUUUCAAUGGUGGAACAUGUGUUCCAAAGAAUUCUGAAUAUGGUUUCGCUUGCUUCUGUCCACAGGGCUUUGCAGGUUACCAAUGUGAGACUGUUGGAGAACGUUGUUUCCCAGGUGCUUGUGGGUCACAUGGAAGGUGCCAAGAAAUCCCCAGCUUGGCCACAAUCAGGUGUAUUUGUCCUAUUGGACACCUCGGCAGGAGAUGCCAAGAGGGAGUAACAGUGAAAGACCCAUUCUUCAACAAGACCUCCUACAUUUCCUACCCACCUAUCAAUGAUGGCCACAAGGUUUUAAAUAUCGACAUCCUAAUUAAACCCCAUACUCUGGAUGAUGGUAUCAUUCUCUAUGAAGGUCAGCAACAGAAUGGAAAUGGAGAUUUUGUUGCCUUGCUUCUUAAAGAUCAUGGCUAUCUGGAAUUCCGAUUUGAUGUUGGAUCAGGCCCUGCUAUCAUCAGAAGUGCUGAGCCUAUCAAGGCCAAGGAAUGGGUUAAUGUUAAACUUCAUCGUGAGGACAAUGUUGGUAUGUUGCAAGUAGGUGAUAGCGCACCAGUGAAAGUGAGACCUGGGAACACAGAAAUAGUCUUGUCUCGAGGAGCCGCUGAUGAAUUGCCCCGCUUGCCAAUAGAUUCUUCACCUGGAAGCCGAGUUGGCUUAAACCUGCGCCAGCCUCUGUACUUGGGUGGAGUUGACCCACAAUACAAAGUUGCUGAUGGUACAAGCAUCAGUACUGGUUUUGUCGGAUGUAUUGGAGAGCUUGAAGUCAAUGACAGAGCAGUCCACUUAAUCAAAGAUGCCCAAGAAAGUUCCGAUAUCAUCGACUGCGGUGAGAAACGUCCCUGUGACAGGAAGCCCUGCAAGAACAACGGCCUCUGUGAAGACAUCUCGAUUAGUGAAUACCUCUGUAUCUGUGAUCCACAAUAUUCAGGAGAACGUUGUAAAUCAAAGGUUGACAUUUGCACCAAUAACCCCUGUCAAAAUGCUGGCCUCUGCUCAGUUACCGGUGCUGGUUACCGCUGUGACUGUCAACUUGGUUUCAUUGGUCUCAAUUGUGAAAACGCAAUUCAAAUCGGUUCUGAGUUUGAACUUAGUGGUAAUGGCUUUGCAAUGUUCAGUCAAAAAAGUCUCCCCCAUCAGAACGCCAGACAGAAUGAAAACAUCACUUUCACAGUUACCACGGCAGAAUCUAAAGGAUUACUAUUCUGGCAGGCAGUAGAACAUGGUAAAAAUCUUCAAAGAAAUGACUAUGUCUCACUUUAUUUGAAGGAUGGUUAUGUUGUCUUCAGCUAUGAAUUAGGCGGUGGUCCAGCUGAAAUCAUGUCUAACGUUACAGUCAAUGAUAGUGUGCCUCAUACCAUUACAGCUCUCAGAACUGGUCGUUUUGGUAACCUGAUUGUAGAUGGUCAACAAUUCCGAGGAAGUUCAAAAGGAAUUCUUCAGAUGUUGAAUGUUAAUGGAAAUAUAUAUUUUGGUGGUGUCCCAGACCUUGACGCAAUGACUGGUGGACUACAUGAUACUAAUUUCUUUGGUUGCAUGAAUGAUAUCUAUAUUAACAAACAGGGUCCUUUGAAACUGUCACAGGCAGCCAUUGGUGGACUCAAUAUCAAACACUGUACCAACUCUAGGGGCUACUGGCCAACUAAGUAAUGAAGAACUAGAAAUGCAUUUCAUCUCUCCUGCUGCUAGUUUCAACUGCACCUGAACUGUCGAUCAAAUGCGUAGUAGUGUUUUAGUCGAAAUUAUUUGGGGUUCUUGGAUGUGUUGAUUUGUUACACUAACUCCACUCACCCCCAUACGCUGGUCAUCACUGUUUCACUGGCUCAAAAAAAAAAAGUGAAUUAAUAAAGUCAAAAUCAAAAACUUAACAAAAGAACAAACCAAAAAAAUAAACAUCAAUCAACUCAUUUUCUAAAUAAAUUCAAUUUGGGUUGUUAUUUAACUGAAAAUGUAAAAAAAAAAAAACAAAAGCGGGAAGGAGAAAAAUUUAACCCCAAAAGGCUAAAUUAAAAUAUAUAAUAAAAAAAAUAAUGCAUUUCAGAGAAAUAUUUAAUUGAAAAAAAAGAAAAAAAACUUUUACAACAUUUAGUAAAGCAAAACAAUUAAAAUUGAAAUGAAAAUAAAAUGAAACAGGUAAGAACAAAGAUGCUAAUUUUUUAAUAAUUAUUUUUACAUUUUUCUACUCUCAUUGUGGUCAUCUAGAUAAUUCUAGAACACCAAGACAAAGCCAGACUUGGGUAGGAGUGGAUGGGGGUAGGACAACACUGUACACUGAUGGGACAACUAAAGAUGUGACAGAAACCACACAGUACAUAUUAAUAUCGUUAUUAUUAUUAUUAUUAUUACAAUGAAAACUAAGAGUUUGGAAAUUGAUUAGGAAAGAUUUUCUUAUUGAAACUAUUAUAUAUAAAGGCUCCAUAUCUGCUUUGUGAUGAAAUCUGUCCAACAAUUUGAUUUUAAUAUCAUUACCAAUUGUCCUAUUUUGUUAUCAGCCGUCCCACCUCUGACGUGAGUUAUUUCACCUUGGCUAUGAUCUUUUACUAAAUAAGAAAAUAAACCUUUGGGAAUUUACUGAAAGAAUUCGAUUUCAAUUUUUAUUGUUUAUAUUAGGUAUGUAAUUAAAAACAACAACAACAACAACACACAUAAUACUCAGUUGUUGUCCUAAAUUAUUUCUUGUAAAACAUAAUAAAUUAAUAAAUGUGUUUUUUGCCCUUCCAAUUAUUAUUAUCAUUAUUAUUAUUAUUAUUGUUACUUUUCUGUUGUUCAAAAUUCUAACACUGUCUUAUAAAAUAUACAUACUCCUAUGCACAUGAACACAUGAGCAUAUAUAUAUAUAUAUAUAUAUAUAUAUAUAUAUAUUUAUUAUGUACUUACUAUAUCACAUAUACACAAAACCUGUUGGUCUCUGUUUCAAAUCAUAAAUGUACUUCAUUCAAGCAUCUUGUAGCAGUGUAUAUAUUUGUGUGUGUGUGUGUCUAUGUGUGUGCGUGCAUCUGCUGUGUCUUAUAACCUCCAACUGAAACUUAAACUUUCAUACAAACACUUUCAUAGUAAGACCGGAUGUACGAAAUCCUAUAAUAUAUGUUUUCAAACAUCUAGUAAAUAUAGACACAUAUAUUCAUACACACUAAUUAAAACACACACACACACACACACACAGAGUUUAAUACUGUAAUUUAUCACAAAUCACAUGGCUGUCUUCUGGUUUUGUUUUUGAAAAUCAAAUCUUUUAAGCUACCCUCCAUUGUGAGGGCAACUUUGUUUCCAUGUUGUUUUUCUUCUGUCUUCAACAAAAUUAUUCAACUUAGGGUAGGAGUCUUGUUUACUACAUUUUUAACUAUAUUAAUCGUAACAAGAACAACAAUAACAGCAGCAGUAGAUUGAGAAGUUGUGUUGAAGAUCUAAUCUUAACCAACACAUUAUUUUCUAUCACACACACACAUAUGUAUAUAUAUAUGUAUAUAUAUAUGUGUGUGUAUAUUUUUAUAUACAUAUACACACACACAUAUACAUGCUUGACAAUUAAGUUGCUAUCUAAGAAACUAAUUUAUUUCUAAGUCCACUAACCUCCUGUAUAACAUCCCAUUAAAGAGGAAAGAGGUGAUAAUAGUAAUAAUAAUAAUACUAAUAAUAAUAAUAAUAAUAAUAAUAAUAAUGACAACAAAAAAUAUAAUCAAACGGACAUAUAAUGGAGUCACUAAAAAGGAUUUUAAAAAUAGACAAGCAUGAAAUUAGGAUGUCGUCAUACAUAUGUAUGUGUGUGUGUGUGUGUGUGCACAUACACGCCCCACAGUAUACACACAAUAAUACUAUUGUAUGCCAUAUAGGUAAAACCCAAUGAUUUUGUGGACACAGAUUUUCUGUUCCAUUGUGCAGUGAGAGCAUUACAAAGAUAAGAAAUCUUUUGAAAAAAAUAACAAGAUUAAUAAUGAUAAUAAUAAUAAUUAAUGAUACUGUUUUUUUUUUCUUAUUUCUUGCUCCCUUGUUUUUAAUCUCUCUUUUUUCCUCCUUUCAUACACCAUUGCUAAAAACACUGCCAAUAUGGACAUCAGAGAAGUAAAAGCUCUUAUAAAAUUCACUCAGUAUAUGAAUUUUUUUAAUCUUUUACUCCAUUUGAUAACUGUCUUUAAAAGCCUUGAUUAAAAUGGUUCAUUCUUCUUUCCCUGCCUCCUGUUUUCCUCACCUUUGCAAGAUUAACAUUGAAAGUAGAUGAGACCUUUUUUGUCAAUUAACAAAUUUUGAGGCUAUCUACUGAAAUAAACUAUUUUAAAUGAAUCUAUAAAUACAUUUCUAUCUAAGUAUAUUUCAAGUUUACAUUUUAAUUUUGUAAAAUUUUAUAUAUUUAUAAAAAUAUUAAUAAUAGAAUCUAAACGAAAGAAAAUAUGCAAAAACUGGAGGAAAAAUAACUAAUUUCCCUAUCGGCUUUUGUUAAACUGACUGAAAUUUAGAGAAGGAAGAAAAGAAUAUUUUUCAUAUAUAUAUAUAUGUAUAUAAUUUUGUCAUUAGUUCUCUGAAUGAUGACAAAAAAGACUGGGAGAAACCAAGCCAAAGGAAAGCGUUCCUAUAACAGCUUCCUGGAAAGCAAAUUUGAAUAUGAACUUUUUUUUUUAUUGUUAAUUCAUUUUUUUUUCUUUCUUUGUAAUAAUUUCUUUCAACUGGAUCAGAAUGAACAAAAUCAAGGAAAAACGAAAUAAUAUUACGAAUGCAGCUAAAUGACCCCACACUACUGGAAAAAACAAAAUAUUUUUGUUUUAUUUAUUUGUUUCUAUUUUUCUGUCUAAAGAGCCUGGUUGGGUGGGUGAUAAGGACAAAGACAACGAAUUAAAAUCAAAAGAAAAACAGAAAGAAACCUCAUCCAAAAUGUCUCGAUAUCAGAUGAUUUAUUCAGCUGUUGUAACCCUAACCCUAAACCCCAUUUCCCCCCUCACCUAGUCUGGUUUAAUCAAGGACCCACAUACACUAACAUAAUAAUACAGUGGCAGUGACAGCCAGUACUUUACCAGUUAACACCUUACAAGCUACCAUUUUGAUUGCUUGGUUAAGUCCAUGUUUUUUGUAAUUUUCCAAAAAUUUACAAACCCAUCAAACACGCUAUUUUAGUGUGUAUUAUAUAUUUUUUAACUUGAUUACUAUUAUGAUUUUUUUUUCAAACUAUGCAUUUAGCAGUCGUGAAAAACUAACUUUUAAAACAUUUUUUAGUAUGAUAUAAUACACACCGACACACCCAGCUCAGUAAAUAAUUCUUUGAAUGCAAAAUAUGUUCACUUUUGAGUUCUAAUUUAAAUAAUGAUGUUUUUUAAGCCAUAAUGUCAAAAUGGUUACCAAAAAGAAAAAGAAAAAAGGCCAUGUAAACAUUUUAUGAUGGACAAU